AUGCAAAUUUUCGUCAAAACCUUAACAGGUAAGACCAUUACCUUGGAAGUCGAAUCUUCCGACACCAUUGACAAUGUUAAGUCUAAGAUCCAAGACAAGGAAGGUAUUCCUCCAGACCAACAAAGAUUGAUCUUUGCUGGUAAGCAAUUGGAAGAUGGUAGAACUUUGUCCGACUACAACAUCCAAAAGGAAUCCACUUUGCACUUGGUCUUGAGAUUGAGAGGUGGUGGUAAGAAGAGAAAGAAGAAGGUCUACACUACCCCAAAGAAGAUCAGACACAAGCACAAGAAGGUUAAGUUGGCUGUUUUGAACUACUACAAGGUUGAUGACGAAGGUAAGGUUGCCAAGUUGAGAAAGGAAUGUCCAAACUGUGGCCCAGGUAUCUUCUUGGCUAACCACGGUGACAGAUUCUACUGUGGUAAGUGUCACUCCACCUUUGCUACCCAAAAAUAA